GAUUGCUGACUAUUGGACCCCGAUUUGGUGGUGCUAUUGAUGAUGCUGCCCGGUAUUUCAAGGAUGCUUAUGACAGGGGUCUUGCACCAUCUGAAUUCAUGGAAGAUAUGAAGAAAAAAGGCAUUCGUGUGCCAGGAAUUGGUCACAGGGUAAAGAGAGGAGACAAGAGAGUGGAACUACUACAACGUUAUGCAAGAGAAAACUUUCCAUCUGUUGAGUACGUGGAGUACGCGGUUCAGGUUGAAACUUACACCCUCUCAAAGGCAAACAACUUAAUCCUCAACAUUGAUGGUGUCAUCGCGUCCCUCUUCUUGGAUCUCCUCAAUGGCACUGGAAUGUUCACCAAACAAGAAAUCGAUGACAUUGUGGAAAUUGGCUACCUCAAUGGGCUGUUUGUGCUAGCUCGUUCCACCGGUCUCAUUGGGCACACGUCCGACCAGAAGAGAUUGAAACAGCCUCUAUACUGUCACCCCUGGGAAGAUGUUUUAUACACCAAAUGAAAAUGCUCGAUCACCGGGAGCAGGCAGAUAGUUGCCUGCUCCCAAUCAAGCGUUUUCAUUCAAGGUAGUCAACAUCAUUCGUGUGUUCCACGAUUAAUUCUUAGUAUUACACAGAGGAGUAUUUCUGCAUUUCGAAAUUAUGCAGAAAUAACAUAUCAAUUGUUGUUGUACCUAGUUAAUACCAAAUUUCAAAAAUGUGUAUGUAAGAGUGUGUUCAUUUCUAGUGGCCAUUGCCCCUUCUUGUGUCAUUCACCAAUGGAAUAAAAUGUGCUUCCAAAAUGUUACUCCAUUA